AUGUCACAAGCAGAACUAUUUCUUUCUAGAGACCUGGAUGGCAGUCUGGAUGCAUUCAUAUCUCAUGCCCGACCGCAGCCUGACCCGAUAGCCACAUCGCAAGAAGUUCGAGAUCGCGGCUCACUAUUUGUCGCCAAUAUCUAUCGUGCCACUACACCUGAGGAGGCCAGAGCACGUCUGAAUCACCUUAAACACACCGUUCAUCGUCAGCGAAAGGCAACACAUGAAAUCUCUGCCUGGAGGUGCAUGGUGCUCAAGCAAGGGAAGUCAGGCCUCUCAGGUCCGGAAGAUUUUGAACUCGUGCAAGGUAGUAAGGAUGACGGUGAAAGUUGGGCGGGCGGAAAAGUAUUAAAGGUGAUGGAAGAUCUUGCAGUGAUUGACGCAGUAGUGAUUGUUAGUCGAUGGUAUGGAGGUAUAAUGCUGGGGCCUGUGCGUUUCACGCACAUAGAAACUUGUGCAACAGAAGUUUGCAAGGAAUUUAAACGUUCGGAAGAACUUCAGGACUGUAUCACUACACUGCGGACCCUGGACGAUUUGCUUUCUGUUCAAAGGGAAAAACUAGCCGCUUUAAACAAUAACGAGUCUUCUGGCACUAACGUUCCCUCGUCACCUGCGAUUCAUGCAAUUCCAAGGGCGGCCAAAAAAUCGGAUUACAGCGGUAUAGACUUGAGCAAAGCGAAGCGUCUUAUUCACGCCAGAGAAAACGCGAUAAAGGGUGUGAAAGCCUUAAUCUCCAAGAAGGCUUCAAUGUCCUAA